CAUCUUCAGACACCUUUACACUACAGACAUUAUACUCCACCGAAAGAUCACCGGAACAUCUUGUCCCCGAAGCUUCGAAGCUGAUAAAUAACACAACUUCCUAAAACUCAUCUUUUAACAGAUGAAGUAGAAGACUAAACAUUAUCAUGUCUAAACUGGACAUGUUGCUGCGAGACGGGAUCCAAUCAGAGUUGAUUCUUAAGGAGCAUUUAAAGACCCUAAGUGAGUCCCUCAGAGAGCAGCUUCAGGAGACAGAGAAGAGACAGAGAGAGGAUCUAGAAAGCAGGAUUCACCAGAACACCCUCCUAUCAACCAAUGUGGACCAAGAGCUCAGUGUUUUCAAGGAACCAAAGAAAUGUGUAGGAUUGAGAAAAGCUGCAUCCACCUCUGCCUUGAACUCAGACAAAGGGUCUUCACACUAUCCUAGACAGUCUCAAAGGCCUGACUCAUCUUCUCAUGUACGUUUAUCUUCAACAGACUGGCAUCAUUGCACUGUCAAGGCUCCUGUAAGAACACAGCAUUGUGAGCGAGCAUUUUUAUCUAUAACAAAACCAAGCAAAGAGGAGGAGGCUCAGGCUGAGUGUCAGAAGAAGUUCUGUGCUCUUCCUGUCCCUGUCCAUGUCAGUGUGCCUCUCUAUCAGGAAAUGAUGGAACAGAGAGACAAGGAGAGGAAGCAGAGCCAUGAGCAGAGAAAGAACUUUCUGCUCUCCAUGCAAAAACCGUUUACCUUCCAAGAGAGAGAGAAGGAGAAAAGAGAAAACCUGAUCACAAUGUUGAAUCAAGUCUCACAGGAGGGAAAAAAAGCUGCUGCUGUUCGGAAACCUCCUCAUAAAAUAGUCAAAAAUUCAACAGAUUCUGGACUGGAAGAUCAGGAGCUUUGCAGAAAAGUCAACAAUCAGACAAAAGUGCCACUCAAGAAUACAUCUGCGUCUGACAGCCCAAAAGUUCGCACUGCUGAUCGCACCAGAAAAGAGAAGCUGGGAUUCCUGGAUGAGAAACCGAGCUUCCAGCCAAAGAUCAUCCACCAGGUCCCUGAUUUCAGCAGGCUGCACAAGGCUUUACAGACAGAGGCCCUAAGAAAAACACAGAGUAAAGAGGUUACCAAGUGUCGGCCCUUCAACCUGAGGACAUCAACUCUUGCUGCAAGGCAAAGCAGGAUGAUCCCUGAAAGCUCAGAGGUACCAAAAAUAUCGAAUCUCAGUAGAAGCAAGUCACUUGGAGCUUUAACAUCACUGUCUACAGAUACACUCCCCACUUACAUUACAGACGCUGUGAGGAAGCGCAGCAUGGCCAUCAGGAAAUCAAUAGAGAUGAGGGUUAAUAAGAAUCAAGAGAGUGUUGAUUGGUUGAGCAAGUAUCAAAUGAGGUCCCAGGCUAUGAGAAAGACUGUCUCCCUGCAUGCAAAGUUACUGGACCCACACAGUAGCUUGAAAGACGUGUAUAAUGAAAAACUACAGCAACAUCGAGACGCUGACCAGCAAAGGAUGAGAGAGUACAUGAGGGAUUUGCGGGACAUGAAGGCAAGAGUUAAUGAACGCCCUUACUUGUUUGAACAGGUGAAGCAGAGAAAUGCAAAGGCUCAAGCAGAGCAGAUGUACAGGAACAAACUGAAGAAAGCCGGGUUAAAGGAGCAGUUUGUUGAGGAAAAUGGAGAAGCAGAUAUAGAAAUUUCAACCUCAUCCAUGUCUGAGGAAGACAGACAUGUAGAUGGCUCUAUCAUGGAAAAUGACAUUCAUAACAGGGAAGAAAAUGUAGACGACGGAGAGAAAAUUGAAGAUGUGGAAGAGAAGAGCGUGAAGUCCAAAGGGGAAGAAAUGCCAUGAUCAAAAAGGUUCAGGCGGCACUGAGUUUUCUGUGGCCUCCCCACUAGAAAACAACACUAUCCUCAAAAAAUGAUUCAUGUCAUGGCUAACUAUCCACACCAAGCAUUUGAUCGUUUAAGAUGUUUAACAGUAAAUUAUAAAAUCACAAACCAUAUGGCCUUUACACUCAUAAAUGCUAGGGAUUACAAACAGAAAAAUAUAAGUUUAUAGGACUGUAUAUGUUUACAACUUGUUAAUUUUUUUUUUAUGUGCAUAGUGUCUUACUCUGGUAUAGGAUCUGCUGGAUGUUUUAAGCAGAUUAAACUGAAAAUAUAAAAAGAUACUUUUAGUUUUAUGACAACAAUUUUUCUAAGGAAUAUGUACACUGUAAUUUACAGGAUGAUGAACACUUAGUUACCAGAAUAAACAGUUCAAAAAGAGAAUUGAAACACCAGCUGAA